AUGAGGGCGGCCCAUCUGGACAUCUCAGGCCAGACGGUCUUUCGUAAAGGCGGAGCACAAAUCAGAAAACAAUGUCAGCGACCGCGCAGCAGACCGAGCAGUGGACGCCAGAGUCAUGGAAGACCAAGCCGAUCAAGCAAGACUGUCGUGUACGAAGAUAAGCAGGAGCUGGACACGGUGCUCUCCCGCAUCGCCAACCUGCCACCGCUUGUAUCCGCGGCCGAAAUCGACCGGCUGCGCGCGCAACUGAAAGAUCCAUCUGAGGACAAGCUCAAAGUACUGCUGCAGAUGAGCCUGGUGCUGAUCUGGGGCAUGCGCCUGCCGAUUGUGCGUAUUGCGCGCAUGGCCGGGCAGUACGCGAAGCCCCGGUCGUCGCCGUUCGAGACUGUGGAUGGCGAGAAAAUCAUGUCGUACCGCGGCGACAACGUCAACAGCAUCGACCCGAAGGACAGAAAGCCGGAUCCGCAGCGCCUGCUGUCAGCGUACUUCCACUCGGCGUCGACAGUCAACUAUGUCAGGCUGCUGCUGUCGGGCGGGUUCGCCGACAUCCACCACCCGAAGGCAUGGGAUCUCGGAUAUGUGAGGCGCGAGGACAUUCGCCGCGACUACCAGAUGAUCGUAAACAAGCUCACCGACGCGCUGGGCUUCAUGAAGGUCAUUGGCGCAGACGGCAGCCGGCUGUCAGCCCUAAACACUGUGGACAUGUACACGUCGCACGAGGCGCUGUUGCUCGACUACGAGCAGGCGCUGAACCCGGCCCCCGUCAGCGACUGGUACAACCUGUCGGCGCACUUCAUCUGGAUCGGUGACCGCACUCGCCAGCUCGAUGGCGCCCACAUCGAGUACUUCCGCGGCGUGAAGAACCCGGUAGGCGUCAAGGUCGGGCCGACCAUGGAUGCUGCCGAACUUGUACGUGUACUGGAUAUCCUUGACCCGCUGCUCGAGCCGGGACGCGUCACGUUGAUUACCAGAUACGGCGCCGACAAGAUCGACAAGUUCUUGCCAGACCAUAUCAAGGCAGUGCAGGCUACACAGCAUCGCCCCGUGUGGUGCUGCGAUCCAUGCCACGGCAACACGACUACGGCACCGUCAGGACACAAGACCCGCUCGUUCGACGCGAUCGUGAGCGAAAUCACCAGCAAUAUUGCAAUCCACCGUGAGCUCGGCAGCCGUUUAUCGGGGAUUCACCUGGAGCUCACUGGAGAGCAUGUCACCGAGUGCACCGGCGGAUCGCAGGAGCUGGACGCCAAGGACCUGCCGGUCAACUACCAGACGUUCUGCGACCCGCGGCUCAACUACGAACAGAGCCUGGACAUUGCGUUCCUGGUUGCCAAGUACUUUGAGAAGGAGCGUGCCACGAAUGGCAAAAACUGA